GGCAGCAGCGCCCCAUCCAGCGCGCUCCCUUUGCAAGCCGGGGCGCCUGCGGGCCAAGCUGGCUCUGAGUGUGUGGGGGGGGGCCUUCCCUUCUCGCUCUCGUUCGUGUUCUGGUUCUGAACUGGUCCAGGGUCCACGAUGACAAUCCGACACCAAGGCCAGCAGUACAGGCCGAGGAUGGCAUUUCUGCAGAAGAUUGAAGCGCUGGUGAAGGACAUGCAGAACCCAGAGACGGGGGUCCGGAUGCAGAACCAGAAGGUCUUAGUCACCAGUGUCCCUCACGCCAUGACAGGAAGUGAUGUUCUCCAAUGGAUUGUCCAGCGGCUUUGGGUCUCCAAUCUGGAGGCACAGAACUUGGGCAACUUUAUUGUCAAGUAUGGCUACAUUUAUCCACUGCAAGACCCUAAGAAUCUGGUUCUCAAGCCUGAUAGCAGCCUCUACCGAUUUCAGACGCCCUACUUCUGGCCCACCCAGCAGUGGCCGGCUGAAGAUACAGACUAUGCCAUCUAUCUAGCCAAGCGAAAUAUCAAGAAGAAAGGGAUUUUAGAAGAAUAUGAAAAGGAAAAUUACAAUUUCUUGAACCAAAAGAUUAACUACAAGUGGGACUUUGUCAUUAUGCAGGCCAAGGAACAGUACAGGACUGGAAAGGAAAGGAACAAGGCAGACAGGUAUGCCCUGGAUUGCCAGGAGAAGGCGUACUGGCUGGUGCACCGGUGCCCUCCAGGGAUGAACAAUGUGCUGGACUAUGGCCUGGAUCGCGUGACCAAUCCGAAUGAAGUUCAGGUAAACCAGAAACAAACAAUCACCGCUGUUAAAAAAGAGAUCAUGUAUUACCAACAGGCUUUAAUGAGGUCCACCGUGAAGUCUUCUGUGUCCCUUGGAGGGAUCGUCAAAUACAGCGAGCAGUUUUCUUCCAAUGACGCCCUCAUGUCAGGCUGCCUCCCCAGUAACCCCUGGAUCUCCGAUGACACCCAGUUCUGGGACCUGAAUGCCAAAUUGGUGGAGGUCCCCACCAAGAUGCGGGUGGAGCGGUGGGCAUUCAACUUCAGUGAGUUGAUUCGAGACCCCAAGGGUCGACAGAGCUUCCAGUACUUUCUGAAGAAAGAAUUCAGUGGGGAGAAUCUGGGAUUCUGGGAAGCCUGUGAAGAUCUGAAGUAUGGAGAUCAGUCCAAGGUCAAGGAGAAAGCCGAGGAGAUUUACAAACUAUUCCUGGCCCCCGGGGCGAGGCGGUGGAUAAACAUCGACGGCAAGACCAUGGACAUCACGGUCAAGGGGCUGCGGCACCCACACCGCUACGUGCUGGACGCGGCGCAGACCCACAUCUACAUGCUCAUGAAGAAGGAUUCUUAUGCUCGCUAUUUAAAAUCGCCAAUCUAUAAGGAAAUGUUGGCCAAAGCCAUCGAGCCUCAGGAAACCUCCAAGAGAAGCUCCAGCCUCCCGUUCAUGCGGCGUCACCUGCGCUCCAGCCCCAGCCCCGUCAUCCUGAGGCAGCUGGAAGAAGAAGCCAAGGCCCGGGAAGCAGCCAACACAGUGGACAUCACCCAGCCGGGCCAGCACACCGCCCCCAGCCCCCACCUGACCGUGUACACCGGGACCUGCGUGCCCCCCUCCCCUUCCAUCCCGCUGUCCCCCUCCUGCCGCUCGCCCCGCAGGCCCUUCCCCUCACCCGCCCGCUUCAUCCGGAGGCCCAGCAGCACCGUGUGCCCCUCGCCUAUCAGAGUGGCCUUGGAGGGCUCCGAGCAGAAGGAUGAGGCCGGUGGGGGCCAGCGGGGACCUUGCUUCACCGAGAGCAGCCAGGCCCGGGGCGCCCCCAAGGCGCGCAUGGCUCUGUCCUUCAGCAGGUUUCUGAGACGAGGCUGCUUAGCCUCCCCGGUCUUUGCCCGGCUGUCGCCCAAGUGCCCCGCUGUGGCCCACGGGAAGGUGCAGCCCCUGGGGGAAGUGGGCCAGCAGCUGCCACGGCUGAAGUCCAGGAGAGUCCCCAACUUUUUCCAGAUCAAAAUGGAUGUGCCUAUGGAGAGCGGCACCUGCCUGGUGGACCCAGAGGAUGCCGGUGCGGGAGAGUCGGGCGAGCAGGGCACAGAGAAGGAGGUCAUCUGCCCCUGGGAGACCCUGGCCCAGGGGAAGGCUGGCUGAGCUGGCCCGACGGGAGUUGCUCCCGUCAGACUCCACGGAGGGACGCCAGACGCGCUUGCUCUUGAACCAAAGUGCAUUGAGAUUAUAUUCGGGAGAGACCAGCCGGAGGGACAAGCAGGGUGGGUGAUGGGGAAGCUCUGGCUGGGCUCCCCGCCUCCCCUGCUGCUUCCUCCCCUUGGGCAGAAGAAAGGCAUGUGCAUCCAAGCACUUUACUUGCUGCCUUAAAACCGAUAAAAGGCGAACUUGUCAGAGUCUCCAGGAAUGGAAUGUUAGCUGUGUCUGGUUUUAUUAGUUAUUCAUGAGCUAUUUUUUUUUUUUUUUUGUGAGCUAAACUCAUGUCUUCUUUGAUUUUCUGGACAAAGGGACAUUGAGUUACUUUAAAGAUCUCCCUCCAUGUCUAAACUGGUUUGUGCGUCAUGCUUUUAUCCACAGAGCUCACCAGUGGGGCACCCCAGAUUGUGGCGUCACACAGGAAGGGGGUGCUGGGGAAAGACUUCCUUCUAGAAUACUGGGUGUGUUCAGGUCCAUCAAGAAGCAGCCACCAAGAUGGGGUUAGACAGGCAAGGGAUUUAUUGGGGGAAAUACCCGUGAAAGAGGAAGUGUAGCAGCAGAUGAAGGGGUGAGAGAUUUAGA